AUGCCCGCACUAAUCAGCAUUCUGGACAGCUUGUCCCCGAACAGUCAAUCUUCAAAACCGUGUUCCCCCAUCUCAAUCCCGGAAAAGUUCGCAAUCGGUAACAAUUACAACCGAUGGGAGACACAAACACAAAUCUACCUCCGGAACUUCCCACGUGAUAAACAAGCCGACCUGGUGUAUAGACUUCCCACUGGCGAGGCAUUAGAUAUUGUCUCCGAAUCUCGAAUCCUAGAUCAUAAGAUAACGGACGACACAUUCAAGAGGGUCCGACAACUCUUAGACACGCCCAAACUAGCGAUCGAGUACCGUCGGGAAAUCCAUUCUCGCCGGCAACUCGCCGACGAAAACGUUUGCACUUACGUUCGAGCAUUGCGACAUUUAGCAGACCGCGCAUUCCCAAACCUGUCCAGCUCUGAACGCAAUCAGCGAAUCCUAGAACAGCCCAUUGAGGGCACAUCAUCCACUAGCACCCAAAAAGAAUUCUACCUUCAACACCCUGAGGAAUUAGACGAAGCCGUCGCAAGGGUGGAGCUGUUGGAGAGACGCAUCGCAGUGAUGGUCCGCCAAAGUGGAGCAUAG